AUGACUAAAGUUAACUGUUCUCAAAUCCUGAGGAAGUCUGGGGUCACGGUUAGUCUGCCCAACGCCUAUGGCGUGCACUUCGUGGAUGCCUCGAUGUUGAGUCCGGAUGACUGUUUUCGUCUGUUAGAAGUGUUCAUCUCAGUUACCGACGAUCUAAGGGCUCAAUACUCGUUUAUUCUUCCAGAAAAUACACACAAUGUCCCGGCUGGGUUUAGGGAGGUUUGUCGAGGACAAAAUGUUCUCAGUAUGGAGGGCGAAUCCGUUGGAUUUUCGGCGCAGCAUCGAGUGGUAGUGCCGAAUAAUUCCAAAAUCCCUCAUACCUGGAACGGCGAUCAGACGGCGGCCGCACAUGUUAGCCUCACGGUGGAAACAGAUAUACCGUCUCAUUUGGACGUACCAGCGGGAAUCGUGUAUACGAUCGAAGAUUUCCUGCAAAGAACGACGAACUAUACCACAGAUCCACAGAUAUCUCCCAUGAAGCAGCGCUUCCUCGUGUGUGCCUAUACCGGUCCCGACGCCAACUACCCUCGGACUUUUACCGACUUUGGUGGAAAUUCCAAUGUCAUUGAGGAUGGGUCUCGCCUAGAGACGGCUAUUGAAACGCUUUACCGGAAGACUCAAGCAGAAAGUGGUUCGUUGGAAAGAUUGAUUCGAGACUCUACCCUUAGGGAUUCACCCAAACCUAAAACGGGAAUAUCCGUCCAUCUUGGGGGAGAGUACAAAGCCGACUUCCAGAAUUCUUAUACCUCGGCGGUCGCUAGGCGCAAGAUCACCCUAGUGGAUCUACGGGAAAUACUAAAGGACGCUCACCCAGACAACGACGACAUUGUAAACCUUGCGAUCGUCCAACUCCCAAGACUCGAAGAGGGGUGUGAGGAAGAGCAGCUAAAAGAACAAUGCCAAAGCUGGUUCGAUCUGAGCCAGUUUCCAAUAGAUUGUGGUGAGGCUGGCGACGCUGGGGGUCGUCAGGCUCAGGCUCUGGAUGGCUUGGUCUACCUCGUAAAGAAAAUUUAUGGGAGUUCUUCAUGGUAAUCUCACUUACUGGAGAGACGGAAGGAAACGGAGGACGAGAGACAACAGGAAUAACCUCAUUUGGAACGUCACUCGACGGGAGAAGCCAACAAUCCUCGUGCAUUGGCUCACCGCGGUUAUGGUUAGGAGGAUUAAGGGUGGUGGUGCGGCCUCGGGGGUGUGAGCCAUUGAAAUAUACGAAC